AUGUGCGAAGGAGGUGACUGUAAGAGAUCAACAGUAGUUUGGACUCCGAAUAUAUACGUUGCCCCAUGGUCCGUGCGCGCCGACGGCUACAUAAGCGAUUCCGCGCAAAUGAUGGCUUCUAUCGAAAGUUCACCUCGCGGGCUGAUAUUUGGGUUCGCCUCUGGUCUUUGGACAAUCGAGGCGUACUUGAGUCUCAAGCGAGGGAGAUCGAAAUCUCUCACCCAAGAUCGCACUGACAAAAAGGGUCCGAAUCGUGUCCUUUUUGGUGCUGAGCAGGAUAAAAUGACUUAUGCGCACUCGACUCAAUCAAGACUAUUAUUUCAACAGGAUCCAUCUCGAGAAUUAGAAUAUUUCGACACCAAGAAACACCGUUUUGAUACUUAUGAUCAAUUGUCGACCCAUUUUUGCCAAAGUGUGAUGGGUUUGUCACUUGAAGAUGAGGAUAGCUAUGAUGGAUCCGUGAUCCUGACAAAUCCCAGCUGA